AGUCUUUAAAAUUACUAACAGCAGACAAGGGCAUCAUUUUUAAAAAGAUGAAUAAAUCAUCUAUGUAUGUUGACUACCCAGCAAAAAAACAAUGAAUUCAAAUAUAUUAAAUUUGACAUGAAUAUAUUUACGAACAGACACCAGCAUAUGUAGAACAUGUUAGCAUACACGUUGUUCAAUAUAUGGACUCCAUUCAAGAAUCUGAAGGGGAAAGUAACAAAUCUCCCAACCUUUUCCUGCCUUUAACUGGCAAUGAAAACUUCACCAGACUCCAGGAUAAAUUUGAACAGUACUUUGGUGAGGUUGAUGAAGAAAGUGAGGUUGCCAGGGGUAACGUGUCCCAAUGGAAGCUGUCAGACUCACAAUGGCUAAACUCACAGUACACCAGGACACCAGCUACACCUGGAAAAGGAAAACUCAGGCCAACAUGGAAACCACCUAAGUCCAAGUUACAGCUGCAAGAAAAAGAUGUUUCCUGCAGCUCACGGCAGUAUUUAGAACCACUUCAUCGAGGGGAGAGAAUUCCAUCUGAUCAGAACUUUGAUGCAGGGGAGACAACCACAUCUAAUAAGUGCUGGUAUGAAGGGGAGACAAGUGAGGGCAGCACUCACUGGACUAGUGGAUUUUCCUCACAUGAUACAGAGAGGCCCAAACUGACCAUUCCCCCACAAGGUCCAAAAGUAGACUUCCCUCUCUCAGCUACUGAUGUCCAGCCUCCAGUAGUGGUACCAGGGACCAUCAACCAAUAUCUACGAGAUUACCAAAGGGAGGGAAUUAAGUUUUUGUAUCAACACUACUGCAAGAACCUAGGAGCAAUUCUAGGGGAUGAUAUGGGUCUAGGCAAGACAAUUCAGGUCAUUGGAUUCCUGUCAGCCCUGCUGGGUAAAAAGGGAAACUACUCUGACAGCUAUUAUACUUUACCUAGAUUUAUUCGAGAGUUUUCAGAUGAUUUCCCUGAAGCUACAACACGAAGGUGUUGCAAACCAUUUUUAAUUAUUGGGCCUAGUGCCACCUUGUACAACUGGCUGACAGAGCUCAAUGUCUGGGGAUACUUUACUGCCAAAAAAUUCCACGGCCCUGACAAAGAGACUUGUCUUGCUGACCUAGCUAAAGGGAAACUGGAAAUCAUUGUAACAACAUUUGAAACCUUUAGAGAAAACCUGCAUAGACUGAACCAGAUCCAGUGGGAAGCUGUUAUUGUUGAUGAGGUUCACAAAAUUAAGACUUUAAAAGCUCAAGUGACUCAAGCGCUGCGCACACUGAACACACCAUGUCGCUUUGGUCUGACUGGUACUGCCCUGCAGAAUAACUUUCUGGAAUUGUGGAGCAUUUUAGAUUGGGCCCAGCCUGGGGUUCUAGGAAGCCAGGAGAUGUUUGAGAUGCAAUAUGUGACUGUAAUAGAAACUGGCCAGCGUCAUGAUGCAACCAAACGAGAGUUGGCUCAAGCUCGCAAACAAAAAGACAAGUUUGCCGAAGUGCGCAAGAAAAUGUUGUUGAGACGAACAAAGGCACUGAUAGCAGAUCAGUUACCCCACAAAGAGGAGCUGGUGGUGAUGUGUAAACUGACAGAGUUUCAGGUGAGUGUGUACAAGGCCAUCUUGUCUCACCCAGAUAUGGCCCUUGUCUUACAAGCUGAGGACCCUUGUGAUUGCAACAGUCAAAAAUCCAGAGCCUCAUGUUGUUACAAGUACAGCUCUGACGGCCGCAAAGCGUGGACCUUGGUCUUUUCUUUCAUGCAUGUUAUGUUGAAGGCAGCCAAUCACACAGCACUUCUGAUACCUGAUGAGAGGAUGAAAGAAAAACAAGCCCAGCUGGUCCGAAGUGUGUGUGAUGUGGCCUUUAAAGAUCACCCCCACUUUGUUCAACAAACACAGGUUGCUGCAUUCAGGACACUGUCUGACCCCAAGUAUUGUGGCAAAAUGAAGAUCCUGGCUGGCCUAUUGUCUGUGUUUGCUGCCAACUACGACAAAGUUCUGGUGUUUUCCUACUCCACCAAGCUUUUAGAUAUCAUUGAACAGUAUGUGAUAGGUCAAGGUCACAGUUAUUGCAGGAUAGACGGCAAGGUGAGCAGCCAAAGAAGACAAGACAUUGUGACCCAGUUCAACACAGACAGUAGCCUGUUUCUCUGUCUGGUGUCUACCAGGGCAGGUGGGCUAGGCUUAAACCUAACUGGGGCUAACAAGGUUGUCAUAUUUGACCCUAACUGGAACCCAAGUCAUGACCUGCAGGCUCAGGACAGAGCUUAUCGCAUUGGUCAAACCAGGGACGUACAGGUGUUCAGGCUUGUUUCUGCUGGAACUAUUGAAGAAAAUAUUUACCUGCGCCAAAUCUACAAACAGCAACUGGACGAGGUGGCUAUAGGAACUGGCAAUGCGCGCAGAUAUUUCCAUGGGAUACAAGGUGACCGUGGCCAUCAAGGGGAGCUGUUUGGUGUCAAAAACUUGUUUGCUCUCAGGACUGGUGACUCCUGCCUCACCAUGGACAUCUUACAGAGAAAUGAGAAACUAGAAAAAAGUCUGGCUGGUUACGAUGUCACCAAGUAUGUCCCACCAAGACAGUCUUCUGAUGAAGAUGUGGUCAGUGAUACGGACAGUGAUGGUGUGGUCACUGAAUCUUGCUGUCAUACUAGAGUCAGCGAUUCUGACAGCGAUGAGGAAACAAACUUCUGGACAAACAUCUUUGGCUCAGCUGUCAGCACAGAUCCCAUCCACCAGCAUCAUGUCAGCCCUCCAGCUGACCCUAGCUCCAGCAGUGAUGAAGAAUUUUCUCACAUUCCAAACCUACACAAGAGCAAGAAAAAUCUGAACUUACCAUCCACCUCACAUCUUGGCUUGUCCAGGGAUGGACCUCUGUCAGUGGUCAGUGCCUCACCUGUGUCAGUGGUCAGUGAUUCCCCUGUGUCAGUGGUCAGUGAUUCCCCUGUGUCAGUGGUCAGUGCCUCACCUCUGUCAGUGGUCAGUGCCUCGACUGAGACUUACCCUCUGUGUUGCCUAGAAAAAAAACAGCUUAGUAUUUGCCAAAAGCCCAGCCCAGUGAAGCGGUUAAAUGAGAAAAAAAGAAAGCAACCUGCGCCACUCAAGAGGUCACAAAAAACUGGCCAGAAACAAAAAUUUACCUCUGUGGCAUCUGUGCUGGGCAGCAGAGGUGUCCUCCACACCCACGCCCAUCACCAGGUGAUUGGCUCCAGUCGUGCGGAGGAUCACAUGACACGAUGUGCCAUGGAAGACGUGUUUGAACAUCACAUCAACUCACAGGAACCUGCUCUACAGUGUCAGCCCUAUGCACAGCCAGAAGAAAAAGCCAGCAAGUCCCGCAAGGUGUGCAAGAAGGAGCUGGACUACAACACAAAGAGAUGUCUGACAGCUGGGCCAGUCAAGAUCCUGCUGGCUCAAACACCUAUGGGUAUACAAAAGUGUCAGUGGACAGAACUCUGCAGGUCAAAUGGCAUGGACUCUGUGACAUUUGCCAAGUUCUUUGUGAGCUCCAACUUAGAGAAGAGGCUGGCUAUUCUAAGGGACUUCUACACACAGCAGCACCCUCAGCUACAGGCUCAGAUCACAGGCAUAUUUCACUUACCUGUCACAUGUAUUGGCAUAGCUGAUGAAAGAGUUGAGUUACUUGAAGGCAGUACGGCUCUCAAGACAGCUAGCAGCACGGCUCUCAAGACAGCUGGCAGCACGGCUCUCAAGACAGCUAGCAGCACGGCUCUCAAGACAGCUGGCAGCACGGCUCUCAAGACAGCUGGCAGCACGGCUCUCAAGACAGCUGGCAGCACGGCUCUCAAGACAGCUGGCAGCACGGCUGUGAAUACAAACAUGGACCCAAUACAUACCAGGGACAGACCAGGACUAGACAUGUUAGACAGCACACCCUCACAUACCAGUACACCCUCACAUACCAGUACACCCUCACAUACCAGUACACCCUCACAUACCAGUACACCCUCACAUACCAGUACACCCUCACAUACCAGUACACCCUCACAUACCAGUACACCCUCACAUACCAGUACACCCUCACAUACCAGUACACCCUCACAUACCAGUACACCCUCACAUACCAGUACACCCUCACAUACCAGUACACCCUCACAUACCAGUACACCCUCACAUACCAGUACACCCUCACAUACCAGUACACCCUCACAUACCAGUACACCCUCACAUACCAGUACACCCUCACAUACCAGGCACAGACCUGGGCUAAGCAAGACAAAGAGGGCAGUGAAAACCAUGUCAGGUGGUGAAGCAAAGAGGAAUUAUAAAUGUAUCUUAGAUGAAAUAUUCCACUCCCCCAAUGGGGACCAUACAAAGAAGUUAAAGCUUGACAGAAAGUCAUCCAUGACAGAAAGUCAUCCAGCUUCCAGCACCAAGAUGCCUGACAACCAAGAGUUGCUUGAUGAGCCUCAAGUGUUGAGUCCUCUCUUCCAGACCAGCAGGUUACAAGGGGAACAGACAAGCUGUUUUGUUACACCUCAUCCUGGUCACAGUGAUCCAGAGAUAGCAGCUUGUCAAUCUAAACUACAACAGUAUGACUUUGAUGACUUGGAUGCAGUUGAUUUCAACUACCAUCAACAACAUGUUUCUCAAAGUUUAUUUUCUGAAGCUGAAACUUUUUGAUGUCCAAAUUUGUAUGGUCCAACUUUUUAUAUCUGACCUUUUAUAGUCCAGCUUUUUAAUGUCCAAAUUUUUAAUGUUCAGCAGUGAAUUUAUUCAUUUUAACUUAUUUCAAUCAGUAUUUUUAUCUCUCAAUAGCUACCCUGUUGACAUUGCUGCUGAACACUUUAGAUGUAGGCCUACCUGUACUAUGUUUAUUAUUUUAGAAAACUUCAUUUAUAUCAUAAGAUCUAUUUAUAUAAGUAAAAAUAUUUUAUAUUUACAUUUUUAUUACAAUUGUAUAAUUGGCAGUUUAAUUGUACAGUUUUUCUAAAUGUUAAUUACAGCAUUAUCAUUGCUCUGGUGUUGCUGUCACUGUUUUUUAUUAUUGUGUUGCUGGCAAUGUUUUUUAUUAUUGUAGGCUAUUUAAAAAUGACCAGUGUAAGAGAAAAAUUGUGUAAGCCACAAAUGACUUUGUUACCCCUCUGCUCUCUGCCCAAUAUCACACAAGUCAGACUACUCCCUCUUCCAUUCUCAAAUAAUUUCACACUUUGACAACUAUCUCACUCCUAUUUUCCUUUUGUAAAAAAUUCAAAUAAAAUGGCUACAGAAAAUUUAGCUAAUCGGGGUCAAUUUUAGAUUCACUUUCUUUAUAAUUUACAAUUUUUUUUUUCAGAAAUGUUUUUAAAUUUCUAAUUGUAAAUAUGUGAGGUGACACUUUCUUGCCCCCCUCCCCC